AUGACCAUGUAUCUAUGGCUAUCGACAUUGAUCGCGUUACUUGGCAGCCAUGGAGCUUUCUCUCAAUUGGUCACACCAAAUAAUGGGACAUUGCCCACUUCAGCGUUUAUGACGCGACCGCAAGCCAAUGCUCCAGCUGUCCGGAUUACGCAAUCUGGUGCGUUCUCUCAAGGAUACAUCUUCCUGGCUCCAUAUCAGCACCCUGGAGCAGGUCCUUAUAUUUACGAUAAAUUCGGGAAUCUGGUAUGGGACGGCUUCGGCAUUGUGGGUGCUGCUAAUGUUCACGAUUUCAAAGUAUGCCACUAUUAUGGCGCGCCACACUUAUGCAUGGCGCAAUCAAAUCAGCAAUUGGGCUAUGCUGUUGGCCAGGACAUUAUCGUCGACAGUAAUUACAGGGUCGUCGCAACCGUCAAUACUGGCCGAGGCGCACAGCCUGCCGAUCAGCACGAGUUCCAGCUCAUUAAUGGGAACUCGCCUUCAGCAAUCAUGACUUCAUAUCGAGCCUUCCCGUACGACCUGUCGGCGUUCAAUAUAACCAGCGGGUUAGGCUGGCUCAUGGCAGGGAUGUUUCAAGAAGUCGAUGUGCAGUCAGGAGAGGUGCUGUUCGAGUGGUAUUCGACUGACCACGUCGACCCUUCUAUGACACAAAUUCGACCGAACACAACAGAUGUUGGUGGAGAUGGCUUGACACCUCACACUGCCUUUGACUACUUUCACAUCAACUCGAUCGACAAGUCAAGCGAUGGAAAUUAUCUCGUGUCAGCUCGGCAUACCUCCACGAUCUACUAUAUCAACGCGACUGACCAGAGUAUAAUCUGGAGGCUCUCUUUUCUGGGCGAAUCGGAAUUCAGCUGCACGAACUUCAAUUUCUCAUUUCAGCACGAUGCUCGCAUCCGAUCGCAGACUGAUACCUCGAUGGAUUUGACGAUGUUCGACAACGCUCACAACUGCUUAGCCUCAACCGAUGUACAGUCAUCUGGGAGAUUCAUCACCAUCGACUUCGCAAACGGUACCGCUACAGAAACCAGACGUACUUUGGCUCCCGAUGGUGGAAUUGCAUCGUGCUCGCAAGGCAAUACACAGGUGCUUGACAAUGGCCAUGUCUUUAACGGAUGGGGUGAUAAAGCCGUCUUCUCGGAGGUUGACGAUGACAACAAUAUUGUACUGGCAGGCGAGUACACGAACACUGCGAAUACUGACUCAACGGCUAUGAGUUACCGCGCCUUCAGCUUCGACUGGCAGAGUACGCCAAACAAAACCAAGCCAGUCGUCUACUCGUACGCUGUCAACGAAACUGCACCGACUGCUAUUUAUGUCUCCUGGAAUGGUGCCACAACAGUCUCUAUCUGGCGCUUCUAUGCCAGUGACAAAAUCGGCGAUGACUUUGCUGUCAUUGGUAGCACUGGCCAUGCCGGCUUCGAGACGAUGUGGUCGGCACCGCAGUUCUACCAAUGGGUUAUGGUGGAAGCUGUGGCGUGGGAUGGUACGAGCCUGGCCAAUUCGAGUUACCAGGGCACAUCUCCGACACCCAACGCGAAACGACUGUGCUAUCCCAAGAACGAGAUCAAUUUCAUCGCCGGUGGCCCUAUCAUGAUCCAGCUAAGACUGUAUCUGCACGUAGCCGUCGGAGGCAACGGCACAAAACAUAAGACGCUCUGA